AUGACGCAAAAAAGGGGGCCGGAAGUGACCACAGAGGGCGGGACGUUUUUAAAAAAUUUGCUCCGCCUCAUGUUUUUUGGUUGUUGACAACUUUUCGUAUUCAGCGUAAACAUCUGAAGGUCAACAAUGUCUACAAAGAUUCCCAGAGGUUUGCAGGUUCCUGCAGAAACUAAGAGGACAGGUCGUAAGUACGAAUCCAAAGACCCAGCGAGCGCUGCCCCAAAAUCCGAUGGUGUCCUCAAACCUCAGAAGGAAAACACGCAGAGGAAAAACGUUGUUCCUAAAGUUCACAAAGGAGUCUCCACUCGUUAUGGGCAAGAGGCAGAGCUCAAGGAGCAAAAUCAGCAUUUGAUGACCGUUAAUGAGGAGCUUCAGAAAAACCUCACAGAGACACAGCAAAGAGUCGCUGAGUUGGAGCUGCAGUUCAGCGACAUUGAAAAGGAAAAUACAGAUGUACAGAAAAACCUGAAGAACUGCCAUGUUCUCCUUGUCGCAGCGAAUAUAGACCCAGUUUCAGGAGGAAGCGUUGGAGAAGCUGCACAACAAAAUGAAGAUCAACGGAAAGAAGCAAUGAGCGUCUCCGCAGACCUGCUGAGCGAAUUAAGGACUUUUGGUGACGCCGCGUCUCAGCAACGUUCUCGGCUGGAGGAAAUCCAAGCAACGAUGACAGACCUCGCUAAAGCACGAGAACACAUGAUGCAGGAAAGGGAGAACUUCUCGCUGGAGGCUGCUGAGAUGGAAAAAGCUCUCCUGGAAGCCGAGGCUCUCUUACUGUGAUAAUGUACAAUAAUAUGUCCAUUUGAAUUGAGUUUGUAUGAGAAACUUCAUGUGUAUAUUAAUGUUUAAUUUGUGUUUUAAUGUAAGAGUGACUAAAAAUAAAGAAAGAAUUUCCUCACGUU